UCAAAUUUAUAACGUUGGGUUAUUGUGUUUAGUACAGAGGGAAGUGAAGUAGGAAACUUUAAUAGCGCAAGCAGUGGGAAGAGUAUUUUUGCUGCCAAUGGUAUCAAUGGAGAAGAACCUUCUCCACCGAAAACAAUCACUUUACCAAUCUUUGGAUGCGAAUUUUGGGAUUCAGAAGGAGGUUUACAGGGGUCAACAAUACAGCCAAAUAUAUUUUGCUAGGCUCCAUUUGAUGCGAACUCUCCUUUACUCUCUCAUUCCCAAUUGGAAACCCCAUUUACCUGUCUGUACUGUUCUGGGAUUAGAGGAAGGCAAAGAUUGCAUUAUAGUUGGGACACUCUACAAGCACAUGAGGCUUAAACCUUCUAUUCUGGAUGAGUACUCUAAGGAGAGAUCUGUUUCACCGCUUGUACAACGUCAUAACUUUACGCACCUAGAUGAUAAUUUAGUUCUGGAAGAUGAGAGCGGAAGAGUCAAACUAAGUGGUUGUUUGCUGCCGUCUACAUAUGUAACAGGAAAUAUUAUUGCAUUGCAUGGAAAAGAAACUAGUGCUGGUGAAUUUUUGGUUGAAGAUGUUCUAGAGGCUGGCCUACCACAACAAAUAGAGCGGCCAAUUCAACUAGGUAUCAAGUACCUAACUUCUCUUUGUUUAGUUGUCUAUGACAUUAUCCAGUGAUAUGUGCUUGUGUUC